AUGCUGGGCAUCCUGAAGGCCGGCGGCGCUUUCGUUCCCCUUGACCCUUCUCAGCCGCAAGCAAGGCUGAAUAAAAUUUGUCGUGAAAUACAGGCUAAGCUCAUCUUGGUCUCGCUAGCCCUUUCCCAUAGGCCCUUUUCUCCUAUCGGCAUCCUCACGGUUGACCAUUGCUCACUUUGUUCAUAUCGCCCAAACGUCUCCGUGACUACGAAUAGUGAAAAUGCCGCCUACAUCCUGUUUACCUCCGGUAGCACGGGCAGACCGAAAGGCGUUGUUGUUCCACACACCUCUUUUGCCAGUAGUGCCAGUUACCAUUCUCGCUCAUUUCUCCUCGGACCAGAAGCUCGCGUCCUUCAGUUUUCUUCACUCACUUUCGAUGCCUCCUUGUGUGAAAUUCUCUCUACCUUGCUCUUUGGAGGGUGCAUCUGCAUUCCCUCUGAGAAUCAGAGAAUGGAUGAGAUUACGUCUGUCAUGCGGACGCUAAGAGUCAAUUAUGCGCUUCUCACACCCUCUGUGGCUAGGCUAGUCAAUCCUAACCAGGUUCCGUCAUUAAGCCAUCUCAUUCUCAUGGGUGAGAAGCCGUGUCUUGCUGAUUUGCAGCAAUGGUGUCAACUAGAGGGCCUCAUGAUUGGUUACGGUCCGACAGAAUGUUCCGUUUGUUGUACUGUUGCAACAUCGUGGGCUCCUCAAGCUCCUACCGGCAGUAUUGGUAAACCUGUUGGCUGCACGUCUUGGGUAACCAGUUCACAUGACCAUAACCGGCUGGCACCGAUCGGUGCUGAAGGCGAGCUUCUCAUCAAAGGACUGAUCCUUGCCCGAGGCUAUCUGAACAACCCGGACAAGACCAUGGCCUUUUUCAUUGAGAACCCUGGCUAA